AUGUCUUACUACCUCAACUCAGAAAACCAUCUGGACUCAGGGCCCAUCUACGUGCGAGAAAAUGGGCAACUGCACAUGGUCAAUCUGGCAUUGGAUGACGUUAGGAGUAGCCUGCAGAAGCCAAGGCCUUUCAGACUGUUUCCCAAAGGCUUUUCUGUGGAGCUUUGCAUGAACAGGGAAGAUGACACUGCACAGAAAGAGAAGACUGAUCAUUUCAUCUUCACAUACACCCGGGAGGGAAAUCUUCGGUACUCUGCCAAAUCCCUCUUCAGCCUUGUCCUGGGCUUCAUCUCUGACAAUGUUGACCACAUUGAUUCCCUUAUCGGCUUUCCUGAGCAGAUUGCUGAAAAGCUGUUCUCUGCUGCUGAAGCCAGACAGAAAUUCACAGAGCCUGGUGCAGGGCUGAGGGCUUUACAGAAAUUCACUGAGGCCUAUGGAAGUCUGGUGCUUUGCUCCUUGUGUUUGCGAAACAGAUACCUGGUGAUUUCAGAAAAACUCGAGGAGAUUAAGUCUUUCCGGGAGCUGACCUGUCUGGAUCUUUCGUGUUGCAAGCUUGGAGAUGAGCAUGAACUUCUAGAACAUCUCACCAAUGAGGCCCUGUCUAGUGUAACUCAACUCCGCCUGAAGGAUAAUUGUUUAUCUGAUGCUGGGGUGCGGAAAAUGACAGCACCAGUCCGAGUGAUGAAGAGGGGCCUUGAAAAUCUGUCGUUACUAGAUUUGUCUUGUAACCCUGAGAUAACAGAUGCGGGAAUUGGAUACCUCUUUUCUUUUAGAAAACUCAACUGCUUAGAUAUCUCUGGGACGGGACUCAAGGACAUCAAAGCUGUCAAACACAAGCUUCAGACCCACAUCGGCCUCGUUCACUCCAAAGUGCCUUUGAAGGAAUUUGAUCACAGUAACUGCAAGACAGAGGGCUGGGCUGAUCAGAUUGUUCUGCAAUGGGAGCGUGUGACUUUGGAAGCUAUGAAGCCGCAAGAAACCUUGGAGUCUCGAACAGCAGCUCACCACUUCUAUGGGAAGAGGGCUCGAACAGAAGCCCUAGGGAAGUACCCCCUGACAGAGGCCCACAUGACCUCUUCCGAGAAGCUCCAGUUCUAUAAAGAGAAGGCCGCGGACUGCCAUGGGCCACUGUCGAAACACGAAGCCCUCUCAAGCCAGGAGUCAAAGAAGGGCAAGAAGAGAGCUUUCGAGGAGCCAGAGAAGGAACAGAGCAGCUCUUCACAGUCUUCAAAGCAGAAAUAUGUGUGUCUUGCUGUUGAAGACUGGGACUUGUUAAAUUCGUAUUGA